UAUGCGAUACGUAUUCUCUUUCAGUAUGCCCAGUUCACUCAGCAACGGAAGUGAUACAACCGAAGUGUGGUUGUGAUGGGUGUGUGACCCCUAACCCAAAUGAUUGCUCAGCUUAUUAUCGUUGCAAAAGUGGUGUCCGUGAGUUGCUCUACUGUACACCUGGGCUAAACUUUAGUAUAGCCACUAAAGCCUGUGAUACUCCUAAAAACGUCCGUUGUUGGAACUAUCACUGCUAUACCCUUGAGGGAAUGUUCAAAAAUGAGUUUGACUGUGGGAGCUUCUGGCAUUGUUCAAACGGAAUCCCUUACCUUAAGGACUGUCCAGCCAACUUACACUGGAGCGUAGAAAAAAACAGGUGUGAGUGGCCGUGUGUCGCGAAAUGCGAUCCUUCUGUUCCACCUUGUCCAACCGAUCCGACAUCAGAUCCCUGUGGCUGCAACGGAUGCCUAACUCCUCAUCCCUUCAACUGUUCAGCUUAUUACCGUUGUAAAGAUGGACGUCGAAAAUUGAUCUUCUGUCCCUCUGGUCUUUAUUUUAACAAAGAUACCAAAGUAUGUGAUCAUCCAAAAAACGUUCGCUGUUGGGACUUUGUUUGUCCAGCGCAGAACGGAAUGUUCAAAAAUGUAUUUGACUGUGGGAGUUUCUGGCAUUGUUCAAACGGAAUCCCUUACCUUAAGGACUGUCCAGCCAACUUACACUGGAGCGUAGAAAGAAACAGGUGUGAGUGGCCGUGUGUUGCCAAAUGCGAUCCAUCUGUUCCACCUUGUCCAACCGAUCCAACACCAGAUCCUUGUGGCUGCAACGGAUGCCUAACUCCUCACCCCUUCAACUGUUCAGCUUAUUACCGUUGUAAAGAUGGACGUCGAGAAUUGAUAUUCUGUCCCUCUGGUCUUUAUUUUAACAAAGAUACCAAAGUAUGUGAUCAUCCAAACAACGUUCGCUGUUGGUACUUUAUUUGUCCAGCGCAGAACGGAAUGUUCAAAAAUGUAUUUGACUGUGGGAGUUUCUGGCAUUGUUCAAACGGAAUCCCUUACCUUAAGGACUGUCCAGCCAACUUACACUGGAGCGUAGAAAGAAACAGGUGUGAGUGGCCGUGUGUUGCCAAAUGCGAUCCUUCUGUUACACGUGAGUAUGUUACUGGAGAAGUAAAACCGUUUAAGAUAAUAUUUUAAGUAUCAUAUAUCCAU